CCUGCCGGCGGAGGGGUGCUCGGAGCCCUUGGUCGGCUUAGGGGAGGGAGCGGAGAUUUUUUGGGCUGUUUUCAUCGCCUCGGAACGUCGCGCCGGCUCCCGGCCUGCCCUCUCUCACACCCAUCUCGUUCUCCACGUUCUAGGUGACGCUUGGACUCUGGCUUUCCCCGGCAAGCCGGCCCGCCUGGUGUCCAACUGCGGAUCCCCGGAUCCUUUAAGCGGCUCGCGCUCGCGUAUUCGCAGGUGACUGCACCCUGCCCGGCAUGGCUGUUCCCGUCCCCCAGCCACCGCCAGACCCCCAGUUUGUUCUGCGAGGCACACAGUCAGCAGUGAACGCGCUGCACUUCUGCAGAGGAGCCCAGGCCCAGGGGUGCCCGCUUCUCUUCUCAGGGUGUCAGCGUGGUCUGGUUCACAUCUGGAGCCUACAAACACGGAGAGCGGUUGCCACCCUGGAUGGCCAUGGGGGCCAGAGUGUAACUUGGCUGCAGAUGCUACCCCAGAGCCCCCAGCUCCUCAGUCAGGGCCGAGACCUGCGACUGUGCCUGUGGGACCUGGCAGAGGGCCGGAAUGCCGUUGUGGACGCUGUGUGCCUGGAGAGUGUGGGCUUCUGCAGGAGCUCCGUUCUGGCCGAGGGGCAGGCACGCUGGCUGCUUGCAGUGCCAGGGAAGGGCAGUGAUGAGGUUCAGAUUCUGGAGAUGCCAUCCAAGACGUCAGUGUGCACCCUGAAGCCGGAGGCAGAUGCCAAGCCAGGCAUGCCCAUGUGCCUGAGGCUGUGGCAGGCGCAGUCCAGUCCCCACCUCCUCCUUCUGGCUGGCUAUGAGGACGGAUCGGUGGCCCUGUGGGACGUCUGUGGGAGGAAGGUGUGCAGCCGUGUCUCCUGCCACGAGGAGCCCGUCAUGGGCCUUGACUUUGACUCUCAGAAGGCUCGGGGCGUCUCCGGCUCCGCGGGGAAGGCGCUGGCUGUCUGGAGCCUGGAUGGGCAGCAGGCCCUGCAGGCGCGCAGCUCUCACCAACUCCCCAACCCUGGGAUCUCCGACGUCACAAUCCGGCCAGACCGCAAGAUCCUGGCCACUGCAGGCUGGGACCAUCGCGUCCGUGUGUUUCACUGGCGGACGAUGAAGCCACUGGCUGUGCUGGAUUUCCACAGUGCUUCUGUCCACUGUGUGGCCUUUGCCACCGAUGGCUUGCUGGCUGCCGGAUCCAAGGAUCAGCGCAUCAGCAUCUGGUCACUGUACCAGCGCGUGUGACUCGCCACUCCCUUCUCUAGAGACUCGGAAGACGAGAAGUAGGCAUCUCACUCCAGCCCUGGCCCAGACAAGUGGACACUGACCGUCCAGGGCCCCUAAGGACCAGCAGGUGUAGCCCAAGGACCAUAGAGUCCUCACUUUCAUGAGGCUCCCUGUUCCUUUUCUGAGCUGUGGCAUCUAUGACAGUGACCGUGGCAACCAGCCAGAUCCCUGGCACCUUCUGCCCACGCCGAUUGAGAGGCAUGGCCUGGGCCUGACAGUGCCGUCAACUUGAGGACAUUAUCUAUUAAAGUUUCUGUUGCAAACCUCUUCCACUGGUCCCUCCACUUAAGAGUCAGAGCCUUUGGCUGGGGACUUAGCUCAUUGGUUCCACUGCCUGCCUUGCAAGUGCAAGGACCCAAGUUUGACCCCUAGUACCAAAAAAUAAAAGUCAGAACCCUCAGAUCCCUCUGGGGAGGUCCCCUGCUGGGCCUUGCAAUUGAGUAAGUGACCCUGAGCGAGGGUUCCAAGGCCUUUGGAGGCCACAGACCCUGACUGUGGCCUUCUGCUGAUGUCUGCAUAUCUCCUUACCCGUGAGAUGGGCAGGAACUCCUGACAUCCAGGACCAAGGCUAGGACUGGAGAAGAACAUUACUGAACUCCGAGGAAGUGUAGCAGGAAAGGGGCAGGUGCUGGAUGGCCAAGAUAGUUGGGGCAGGAGCUCGUGGUAUGCAAAGCAAGGCCAGACACAGGAUGGGGACGGGGUGUCAGUCCUAGAGGGAAUCUGUCAGUUAGGGUUCACUUA